AUGGUGGUUAUACUUUUUAGUAAGCUUCCAAGGGACUCGGUAACUUCAUUAGUAAUAGAAACUGCGAUAAAGCAAUUGGGGAUUCAAAUUCAAAGUAAUUCAAAAGAGAUACUUUCUUUGUAUCUAGAUCAUUCAGGGAAAAGAAAGAGCGAAAUUUCUUAUAUUGGAGGUUCUAACAUGAAUGAUACAAAGCCGGGAUCAAAAGAAUCUUUAUGGACAAAUUUCUACAGUUCGAUAAAGUCAGCAACUUCUUCAGAAGGGGCCCCUUACGACUUAAUAAGGCAAUCUAAGUACGACACCAGAUCAAAAGCUUUGGAGGAACUGGUAGUUGAAACUAUUCGAGAAGUAGAGCUUGACGAUAUAUUUGUUCCUGAAGAAGACCUUGGGAGAAGAUUAUACUUGGAACAGCAUUAUAGCAGGUACAUUAAUCUAAAGAAGUUAAAGAACUAUAGAGAAACAACUUAUAUUAAUAACGAGCUGGAAAGAUUAAGAAGAAAAGGCAGGAUUGUGGAUAAUAAUACACAAGCUGGGAUAGUUUUUGAGGAAAUGGAUUUUGACACAUACUUGAAGGUUUUUGAUCAGUUCUCAAGUAUUCCAAGAUACUUCAAGUAUAGGGAUAGUGAUUAUGAUGAUUAUAUUGUAAAUUUAUUGGAUUAUUUGCGAGGAUUUUUUCUAAAGACACAUCCUUUGUUGGAUGAUGGGAUAAUUCAGGACGAGCUAAAUAAAGAUUUUGAACAGGCCUGGGAAAAUGGGUUGAUGGCAGAUUGGAGGGUUCCUACUAAUGAGAUGCUUUACUAUUCUAAACCUUUCGACAAACUAUUUUUUUCAGAAGGAACUUUCAAUUCCCAUAUAAAGAGUAAACAUUACAAAAGAGAAUAUUCCAAAUACUCGGAGCUUUCUAGUGAGGAAAAAGCCAGAAUAAAGGAAAAAAGCUUGGAACAAGAUAAAAUUAUAGCCAGAAAGGAGUUUUUUAUUGGAAAGUUUUCCCAACUUCUCUCAAUACAGAGAAGAGAAGCAAUUGAUCAUGUUAAUAAACUACAAAGCAGCACUAGAGAAGAGCUGGAGAUAGAUAAAGAGCUAGAGAUGAAAAACGGUGAUUUGGAAUCUCUGAUAGCAGAGUUACAAGAAUCCCUGGAUAAACAAAAGACGAAGGAAAGUAAAAAUUCGAAUAAUGCAGCCUACGACUCUGACUCAGAUGAUGAAUUUGAUGAGCUUCAAGACAAAGUCUAUAAUCCCUUAAAGCUUCCUCUUGGGCCUGAUGGCAGACCAAUGCCAUAUUGGCUUUACAAGUUGAAUGGUUUAGGAAUUGAAUUUAAAUGUGAGAUUUGUGGAAAUUGUAGUUACUGGGGAAGGAGAGCAUUUGAAAGACAUUUUUCAGAGACUAGGCACGCCAAUGGGCUAAAUGCCCUGGGAAUUCCAAAUACUUGCCACUUUAAAGAAAUUACAAAGAUUUCAGAUGCUCAGGAGCUUUACUCGGCUCUUUGUAAGCAAGCAAAAGACCUUUCAUUCGACGAUCAAAACUACGUUGAAAUGGAAGAUUCCCAAGGUAAUAUCUUACCUCUUAAGUCCUUUCAAGAUUUAUUCAGACAGGGACUUAUAUAG